UUUAAAUUUAGAAAGGAAAACACGAACACAGGCGGUGAGAAUUCACAGAAAGGGAGAGGGAGAGAUGGGUCCAGCGAAGACGGUGCGUACGAUAUCUCAGGAGGCGUUCGAUGAGGUGGUGAGGGAGAACAUGGAGGACCUUGGAAUGGACCCUACCGAAGCGCUCCAGGACGCCAUCGACACUCUCACUCUCCAGGGCGUAGAUCUCUCCGGGAUUGUGACUUGUGUUCCAGGAGAAGGUGGUGUCCGAGACAAUCCAGUGAUUCAGUGCUUGGACAGAUUGAAGCAAGUCGACUCUACUAUUAGUGCUACUUCUAAGGAUCGGAUCGCCGAUAGCAAUCUGGAUGAGUUGGUAGAAUUGCUUGAUAAGCUCAGCCAGUUGUGCUCCCUUGACGGAUCUGGAAAUUCUGCCAUAGCCACUAAGAAUGGAGGCGUUGAAUUACUUUGCUCCCUUUGCUCUAAGAUCCCAAUGAAGUCCGAACUGGUUCUGGCCUCGGCCUUGAAGUCACUGGCAUCGGCAAUUCAUGGUACGAGAGAAUGUAUCUAUGUUCAAAGUACAGAAAUAUUUCGAAAAAGUGGUGGACCGGCAAUUGUCAUUGGUAUCCUAAAGGAUGGAAGUCAAACUGUAGAGAUCUUGAAUUGUGGUUUUGCCAUUGUUGCUGCAGCUGCAACCGGCAAUGAAGUUCUAAAAGAGUUAUUUAUGGAACUGAAAGUUGAUGAGCUUAUUUUGGAUGCACUGAACAGACAGAACCAAGAUAGCAUCCAAAGUGUAUAUGAUGCUAUACGUGUUCUGUUGACACCUGAUGACAAUCGUGUGGUGGCUUCCCAAGUUUUUGGUUAUGCGCGAAGAUUUGGAAAAAUUGGAGUUGCAGUAGCUCUUGUGGACUCACUACGUUUAGGGCUUGCCUCACCUAGCCUAGUAUCUGCAAGCAUCGCUUUAAAGGCUGUUGCCGUCAAUGACGAAAUAUGCAAGUCAAUAGCCGAAAAUGGUGGUAUUGAUGCGGUUCUCAGGUGUAUUGAUGACAGUGGUGACCAAGGCAAUGAAAUUGUAGCCAAAUCAUGCUGUUCUUUGUUAUCCAAGUUGGCAGGAAGUGACACAAAUAAGAGUGCUAUUGUUGAAAAGGCUGGUCUUGACAGGCUAAUCAGACUCUCAGCCAGAUUCUCUGAUGACCCUUCUGUCCUGCAAGAGGUUAUGUCCAUCAUUGCUGUAAUCUCAUUGAGAUCUCCAGACAAUGCUGCCCGUGCCAUGGAGGCUGGAGCCGGAGAUCUUGCUAUUCAAGCCAUGCAGAACUUUCCUGCUGCACAGCAAAUGCAAAGGAGUGCCUGUAUAAUGAUCCGGAAUCUUGCUGUCAGAAACCAAGAAAACAGAACCAUUAUGCUCAACAAUGGCAUUGAAAAGAUAAUCAGGAACGCAAAGGAAAAUCAUCAAAGCUGCAAGGAUGCUGCUUCUGAUGCCCUGAGGGACUUGGGUCUCAAUAACUACAAUUCAUAGCUUACGCCAAAACUUGUAACUACUAAUAUCUUUUGGCUUUUGCAUCACAUAUCUCCUAUGGGAUCACCCUUUUUAUGUCCAUUGACUGCUUGACUGGAGUUGAUUUUUAAAGUUUGAUAUACCAUAUCAUAUCUAGUGUGUUGAA